ACGUACAAUCCCUAUUGUAAGCCGAUUUGGCUGUUUUAUAGUAAAUAUUUACCACAGCGGCUGGAUAUAUCGUUAUCUGGCAAUUAUAUACACCUCCUUAUCUGUGAUAUUUUGUGAUGAUAUUGCUGAAAAGGGAAUACUAAACAGGAAAAUGUCUGGAUAAAUGUCAAAUACAGAAGCCUAGGACAGUGUUUACGGAUUUUUGAAGUCAAUCUCUGUUUUUUGUGAGGAAUGAUUGAGCGAAGCGAGGAGCGAGGAGAAAAUCUCGCUUUUUGAGUUUUGAUUUUGUCAAAAAAUAUUGCAUUUAAUUUGCCAAAAUGGCGACGGGGAUUGCAAAUAACCAGCGAAAUGCAUCUGGAUUCAAGCCUCCAAAUCUUCCCAACAUCGAACACCCAAUGUCUCGUCUUGGAGAUCGAAAAUCGUUGAAUGUUAUCGGAUCCAAUCGCCCGGAUUCUGUAAUGAGCUUGGGUUCCGGCCAGAACGCGAUGGGGAGAGAGGUGAGAACUCCCCCGCUAGCCCCGGCUAGUCGAGCCUCCGUUGUUGGCCUCCAUGCAUGGGACGAACUUGAUAAUAAUCUUCCUCCUCUAAGGGAAGGAGGGAAGGAAAAUCAACGGUCAAAGAAGCAGAAACAUUCAAGGAUGAUGACAUGGCCCCCAGCACAUGAGCAGGGACCUGGAGAGAGACGAGCUAAAUCGGCCAAGGUACCUAACAGUUCGGAGUAUGCCACUCGAUACUCAAGAGAUCCAGAUGAGCUGAUCCAGGUUUUGAAGGUCAAACUCGCUUCGGGUUACCAUGGCCUCCGACAGAUGUUCAAAGGUCACGACCCACAGGGCAAAGGCCGUGUGUCAAAGAGCGCAAUGGGUCAGAUCCUCUACCCUCUGGUAGGAUACAUCACGCAUGAAGAUGUAGCAAGGCUUUUACACAGACUUGGGUUGGAGAAAGAUGACACUCUCACUUUCGAUGAUUUUAUUGGAUGCUUCAAGGAUACAGAAGUCGUUCAGCGCGAGUGGAUGAGUCCCGUAGCAAAAAAGCGUGUAGCGGCAGAAAGACGUAAGCUAAACCUUGAGGAGCACUUGCGUGAUAAAAACCGGGCCGUUCCGCUUCAGAAAUGUACUGCAGUAUACGGAAAUGCAUUGCUAAAAGAGAAGUGCAAGCAUAGUGAUUUUAACUUGAGGAACUACCUAGCCCCAGCCUGCUUUGAGCCUGGAGGAACUGUUCUUGGUGUCCAAGUCCAGGAAUGUCUAGCUCUCUUAGGAGCGCAUCUCGAUGAGGAGGAGAUGAUUAAAUUAUGGACAAGGUAUGAUGUUGAAAACACUGGAGCAUUGGAUAGUGCCUUGUUUUUCAUGCAACUUGGAUUAGACAGCAACGGUCGCUACAACCCAAGAGCCCGAACAGCGCCCCCAUCUAGACGGCACAAAUCAUCUCAGUUGCCUUCAACUCCAAAGAUCCAAGAGGAAGAAGAGUUGGACUUUCCUGAAUCACCACGGAUCCCUACACCGCCCUCUAACGGCAGGCAUUUGACCAGUCGGAUGGGACCAGCACGAGCACUGUCAAGUGAUGUCAUUGGUUUCAUCAUCAGAAAACUGGAGCACCCGUUCAACAACCUAAUGUCUUCAUUCCAGAUGGCAGAUAAUACGGGGAAUGGACUCCUCGGCAUUGAGCAGUUCAGGAAGGUUCUGUGUGACUACGGUAUCAAGAUGCAAUAUGUGGAUGCUGAGAUGAUGAUGGAAAGGUGCGGACUGAGGAGAAAAGAUGGCCGAGUGAUGUACAGAGAUUUUCUUCUCAAGUAUAUGAUGAGGUCGGCUAACGGUAUUGCACAUAGGAUUAUUAUGGAUUCAAAACACAAGUUUAAUACUAGACUAAAUACCCCUCAGGGAUAUAUAAGUGUGGAUGAAGCGGAGUCUAAGCUCGUUGAACUCAUCCACAAAGACUUCCUCAGUCUUCUUGGCACUUUCAAGUCCCUUGAUGUCUACAAUCUCGGACUACUCACCCAGCGAGAUUUCAAAGACACCUUAGAGAAAGUAUUCAACAUUCGCAUGACCAAAGACCAGUUUAAUGAGAUCCUGUACGAGUAUGGGCAGGAGGAUGGACUUGUUAUGUACCCACAAUUCCUUGCUGUUUUUAACAGGAAGAGGUUUAUACCAUAUCAAAAUCACAAUAAAGUUCAGAGCCAUCAACAGGAGUCCAGUCCACCUGACAUCUUUCGUGUUCCUGAAUCACCGGAUGAAGAAGAGCAGGGAGACGAGAUGGGGGCGUGGCUUGCUCAGUCAGCAGCCAAUGAGGAAGAAGCCAUGGAGACAUCGAAGCCAGUGAUUGAACGAGGGAACACAAAGAAAAUGGAAGGAAGAUAUAGGCCUGUCUCAGAAAUUGCUGCUGAGGUUGAGAUACAGUUGAAGAAGAAAGGAUACACGGUUCAAGACUCCUACAACAAACUUGAUCCUAAGUAUACCAGUAGAUUAUCAAAGACACAGCUACAUAGGUGGCUUUCAGAUAUGGGUAUUGUUCUUCACCCGACCGAACUUCAGGAUUUAUGGAAAGCAAUGGAUAUCGCUCGGGACGGUCUAGUUCAUUACGCCGAGCUGUUUGAUUUCUUUCUCCAUAGAUCGAAAAGGAAACCAAUAGCAGAUAAAGAAGCAUCUCUAAGACGAGCUAAGGCUGCCAACCAACCCCCACCUGUAAGGAAUAGCAGUGAGAUGAAAGAGAUGAUGGAACUCUAUCAAAUCCCUGUAUCUACGGUGGUAGAGAAAGUCAGACCUGAUGUUGUGAGUAACUGGAAUGGUCUGAAGGAAAGACUACAAGCUCUUGAUCCCAAUGGCUAUGCAACCAUAUCCACUCCUGACUUUCAGAGAUUGGCACAAAGGUUUCAGUUCCGGUUAUCAUCCAAGGAGCUUGAAAGGCUAGCAAUGAGCUUUGACCAUCAUCAGACGGGCAAUUUCCAUUACAUAGAUUUCCUACGUCUUUUUACUGAUAAUAAGAAACCGAAGCAGGGAGGGAAUGCAUAUCAUAGGAACUUCCACAAGAUAACUCACCAAACAGCCAAGGGACCUGAAGAAGUAACUGUCACAGAAACAUUUGACCGGAUUGGCAAAAGGAUCCUCGGUGAUUGGCGUAGCAUACGACGUGCCUUCAAGAAAGCCGACAUCAACGGUGACGGCCACCUCAGCAUACCCGAAUUCCGUCGCAUCCUAGCCAACAUGAAGGUCCGCAUCGCAGACGAGGAUUUCUACCACAUCGUCAGCGAGGUCGAUGAAAACAUGGAUGGCAGUAUAUCGUAUGAUGAGUUCCUAGCACAGCUAAUACCCUCAUGAAGCUGAUAUUUUCAUGAUCAAAAUGAAUAUCCUCAUGGAGAAUUUCAUGCAGACAUGCCAAGUCUCAGGCAUUGUGUUAGAGUCCGGCAUUGGCGAUUCUUGCUCAUCCCCUCAUCUUUUCUCAUGCAUGUAUCACAGCCUAUCCCCAUCACAAUGCCUGUGAUUUCAUGCCGAGUCACAGAAAAAUCUCAAACAUAGCUGGAUCUUUAAACUUGGCGUCUUUGCAUGAACCAGAAAGUCAGUGUUUUUCACUUGCUAUUGUUAUAAGCUACUGAAAUCCUUGCAUCUGAUUGGCUUAGAGCAAAUUAUUCAGCGAAAAUCACUGAUAAAAUUUUUCAUGCAAAGCUUCCCUGUAAUUAAUCGCACAUUGAUUGCACAAAAUGUUUUGUCAAGUGAUUUUCAUUGACAACUGUUUAUAAGCUACUAGAAUCAUUGCAUCUGAUCAUUAUGGGCAAAUUGUUAUUGUUAUAUAAGCCACUGAAUUCCUUGCAUCUGAUAGGCCGAGAGCUAAUUUGUCAGUGAGCCCAGAACUUCUCUGUGAAUGAAAAAAAAUCGACUUUUGACCAAAAUCCAAUUAUCAAAAUGAAAGAUCAAACACAAAGAACAAAUUUUGAUAGUUGUCUACAAAAUGGUUAAAACAAAGAAUAAGAUCAAGGCUUGAUUCAAUCAGGAAUUCUAAAUGCAGGAUUAGGAGUUUUCAGUGGUACAAAAUGAUUUGCAAAUGUAAAAAAAAAAUCAUCAAAGAUUGAGACUGUUCUUUCAAGCUCAAAAUUCUUUCUAUGCUGCAUCAUUUUAUGGAAAAUCCUGUGGAAUUAAACUUAAUUCAGUUAAUUGGCAGUAUCUUCUUCUUCCAGUCUGGUUCAGUCCACCACUGGCGUAUCAUUGUAUUGGCAGUAUGUUUAGAUUGAUUGGAAUUUUAUUUUUAGGAAUGUUUUUGAUGUCUUCUGGACUUGGCAUUUAUCUCAAAGACUAAAAAGAAGUGUGUUGGACUUGGACUUUGUGAUCAAGUUUCAUAUUUGCAUCAUAACGUUUUUGCAAAGCAAGUGAAAAUUGACUCAAAGGUGCUUUUAUCGUUUAGAGGAGAAUACAUGAUUGGAGUAAAUAGCUUGUGGAAUAAGGUCGCAUAAGAAAUAUAUAUAUAUAUAUAUAUAGUUACAGUACUUGUAAUUUUCAAGCCAGGAGAGUGAUAUAUAUUAUCAAGUCUCAUCAGAUAGGCCUUUAUUUUUUUUAAAUUUGGCAACAGCAAUUUUUUGUUCACAACUGCACUUUCUUUUAUAAGUUAAUAUUCCUGAAAUCAAUAGAAGCAUAUAGAGAAUAUGUUUCAAAGUUAUAAAUUUACAUAGUGAAAUGAUGACUUUGAUAUUUCCGUCCAAUAUUUUUGCCAAAUUAAGAAUUCCAGUGACCUACUUUCCUGUGUUUUUUAACAUCGAACAAAAGAUUUUUUGUUAUAUUUUUGUAAUGCAUGUUAUGUAAAAUCUAGUUUAUGUCAAUCAAAAAGCAGCUUACAUUUGUAAUACUUUUUUAUUUGAAAAUCCUGGAUUGAUAGUAAAUUAUUUUCAUUAAGCAGCUUAUCAAUGUUGAUAUCAGUAAAGAUUCCUAAUAGGAUAUUGACAUUUUAGUGUCCAAUCAAUAUCUAUAUACCGUUAAAUUUGAAACUAUUGCAAUUUUUUUUCUGCACCUUAAUUUUUGGGGAGUCCAAUAUUGAUAGAUUUUGCUUUUUUUAUAAACAAGGACAUAGCUGAACAUUAAAAACCAAUACAUGCUCGACAACGAAAGACCAGUUUUGGCUGGGCAGUACUUUAUCUAGUGUACGUCUAGAACAUUUAAAGAAAAAAUAUUUCCCUGUAAUCUUAGGGUAAUAAAUGUUUGGCCAAAAUUUGUAGAAAAACUCUUAACAGACUUUUAUGAGAAGUGCAGUGUAACAUGUUACUUAUUGAUAAACAUUUCUGAAAUAACAUACAUGUUAUUGUAAGAGAAAAUAGGAACUACAAAAAACAUACCUUUUCGUUGGCUACUGUAUAUUUUACUCCAUGAGUCUAUUUUUUUUUUGGGUCAUAUCCCUCUAUUCAAAUUCAUCAUAUCAGCUGAUCUUCACCAUUUUGAGAAUUUGUAGGGAAAUACUAUAAUUUAAGUAACAUUCUGAGGUAAUAUAUUCUAAGGUAUAUUUUCGUCGAAUGGUGAAAUAGUGGAAUUUUCAUAAGAUAUUGUACCUAUGUCUUUAUAUGAUAUUUUAGUGUAUGUAAACAGAUAAUUUGUAUAUAUAGGUAAAUAUAUUGUAUUUGUUGCUGUUCUGUGAUGAGGUCUUAGAGAUGAAUUUAUUUUUGUCUCAGAGAGUUAAUACUUAUCAUCUCAUUUGUAAAUAUUUCAUAUGGUGAGCAAAUAUUAAAAUAACUGUCAAAUCAAUCAUGA